AUGUGUUUGUUGCAUGCACAUGAAAGUUUUGACAAAGAAAAUGCUGCACAGAUGCAGUACUCAGUGCACAAAAAUGUUGCACAGAUACAGAUCAAAGUAAUUAUCAUGGAGGGUGAAUCUACAAGUUGUCGUCGUUUGAAUUUUGAAGGAAAUGAGGAUAUUCAGGAAGGUAACUUUGAUGUUAUUGAUGAAGGCUUGAAUAUUGAAACAGAUUUGGAUAUACCACAAAUAGGAUUGGAAUUUGAGAUAGAAGAAGAUGCAUAUCAAUUUUAUUUGGCAUAUGCUAAAAAGGUUGGAUUUGGUGUAAGGAAAGGUAGAAUCCACAAGGAUGAAUCGGGUAAAUUACUUGAUAGGGUUUUUUGUUGUUGUGCCCAAGGUAAAAGAGGAAAAGACAAACGAGAUCUUUAUGUCAAAGCAAGUCGUGAUGAAACAAGGUUUGGUUGUGAGGCUAAGAUGAAGAUUUGUAAUCGGAAAAAGAGCAAGUUUACUGUGGUACAGUUUGUUAAAGAGCAUAAUCAUUAUCUCUCAAGUCCAAACAAAACACACCUCUAUAGAAGUCAUAGAAAUAUAUCUUCUUCCGCAGCGAUACAGAUUGAGAUGGCAAGUGAUGUGGGAAUUCCCCCAAAAGCAUCUCAUGAUCUUAUGGUGAGGCAAGUUGAUGGGAGGGAGAAUUUAGGAUUUAUUCCUAUGAGAGCUGAUUAUGCUAAUUUUGGAGAUGUUGUUUGCUUUGACACAACCUACAGAAAGAACAAUGAAGGUCGACCAAUUGCAUUGUUUGUAGGUGUUAAUCAUCAUAAACAAUCUAUACUUUUUGGCGCCGCUUUAUUAUAUGAUGAAACCAGUUUGACUUUUGAGUGGUUAUUUGAUACAUUAACUAGAGCUAUGGGUGAGAAAAAACCAACUACUAUUCUUACAGAUCAAGAUGCAGCAAUGACAAAGGCGUUAGCUUCCAGAUGGCCUGAAACACAUCAUCGUUUGUGCAUUUGA